CAAUAUUCUUUUUUCUAAUUUUAAUUACUUGUUUAAUUUAAGCUCUUUAACUCGUCCUUUUUUAAUAAAUUUAUUUGAGCUGACGGAAACAUCGACAAAACACGUAUUUAAGAAGGCACAAAAAAGGAAGGUGGUUCAACGCGCAACAUGAAGUAUUUGACAACGGCAGUUUCUUUUGUGCUUCUAGCUCAAACUUUUGGAGCUAAUUGGAAUUACAAUAUGUCAUCCAGUAAAGGUCCCAUGUACUGGGCAAACAUAGCUCAGGCAUGCAAUGGAAGCAAACAGUCACCAAUCGACAUUGUCACAGCAAAUGUGAUGUAUGAUAAAACUUUACCAGCUUUGGUUCCACUAAACUACCACGUGGCAUUGCCAGAUCUGAAUUAUACAAUCAGAAAUACAGGGCACACGUUAAACGUGGAAAUUGAAAGAAAUGGUACCUGGACCCGAAGUCCAGUGCUGCUGGCGUAUAAAAAUGUGCCAUACAGACUUUUCCAAUUUCACUUUCAUUGGGGAAGCAACGAUUUGCAAGGUUCUGAGCACACUAUUGAUAAUAAAUCCUACGCCGGCGAGAUCCAUUUCGUGCAUUAUAACAUGAAAUACAGGACACCUACGGAAGCGCUAGAAAACCCUGACGGUGUGUUAGUUUGGGGACAUUUUAUCAAGGCAGCAGGUACGGAAGAAAAUACUAAAAUGAACAAUGUAAUAAACCAAAUACAAAAAGUCAUGUACGAUGGGGAUAGAGCAAACAUUGACCCUAUAUUCCGCAUUGAUGAUCUUAUUCCACCGAAUUCUGAAUCUAAAUACUACACUUAUUCCGGAUCGUUGACUACACCAGAAUGUCAGGAAGUGGUAACAUGGAUUGUCAACAAUAACACGAUUACCGUCAGUGAGGACCAGAUUAAAACAUUCCGAUCGGUGUUCAAGUAUAAUAGAACUUCUGGUUCGACAGUGAAAGUAGAAUACAACUUUCGACCUCCACAACCACUUAACGACCGUACUGUGUACAAAAGCUUUACUGACGCUGUCCCGCAAAAUCGUACCUGUAGCUGUAAUAACACCUGCAAUACAACCUGUAAUACAAACGCCGCACAGAGUAUGAGCACAUUUCAAUCGUUUGCAAUGUUUCUCGUGUUGAGUUUUUUUUUCAUGUUUUUGUAAGAUAAGUAUUUAAAGACGGGUGUUUGUGUUGUACAAAAAAACGGACAUCUCCCAUUCCGAAACAAAUACUCAUAGCUAAUUAUCAAGGAAAAGUUUAAUGUUUAUUUUUAGCCUUUGAUAGGCAUUGUUAUUUUUAGUGAUGUAGGAAACAGGCUCUAAGAACGGUUUGUUUGUUUGUUUGUUUUGAAAAAAAAAUAAUAAAAAAUAAUCUGUUCACCGAUUUUAUUUAUUGUGAUUUCUGAAAAUCUAUGCUUUCUGCAAACUGUAUUUUAGUUGCAUACUUAUCAUUUAUUUGUUAAUUGACAUUGGUAUAAACCAAUUUUUACGUUUUCAUA